UCGAUCUGUAAACAUAACGCGUCCUAUAAUCUCUCGCAUAUUCAUCGUCAGAUUCGUUGAAAGAAAAGGAGUAAAAAAUCGAUGAUAUAUCUCGAUAAACGAGAAGAUCGAUCAUAGAUAAAUAUAAAAUUAGCACCAACGAUCGAGAAAAGAAAUGUUGAAGAAGUGUUGUUCCUGCUUCACGGGAUUCAAGGCCGUCUUUCAACCUCAAGACAGUGGCACGGCUUUAAAACCGAUAUGCACCAAACCAGAAUGUAUGCCUCGUCCACCGAAUGUCUCCGAAUCAGGGGAACAUUACGGGGUGCCGAUCUUGACGAUCCAUCACGUCGAUCCUUGCAUAGGAGAGAACGGAAACGAUCACAAAACCUCGAGAUACGAACUGAUGACGCGCCAAGGAGACGAGGCGAGACUCGUCGUCAGGCGCGGUCAACCCUUUUACUUGCAUUUGUCGUUAUCGAGGGACUACGACCCUACCAUAGACGGUAUUUCUCUCAUUUUCACCGUCGACGGCGUGGAGCAGCCUCAAUACGGGCAUGGCACCCUCGUCGCCACUCCCGUUCUCGAGCCAGGAGAAUAUUCCGAAGCUUCUUGGCAGAGCACCAUCGACGCGAUAGAGCCGGCCUUUGUACGACUUAAGAUCACACCUUCCCCGAACGCCAUCGUCGGCAAGUGGAAGAUGGAUAUCGAUACGAAAAAUAGAGAAUCGGAAGGUGCGGUGAGUUACACGAUGGAGCAUCCCAUUUACAUUAUCUUCAAUCCGUGGUGCGAAGAGGACACGGUUUACAUGGAGGACGAAGCUCGGAAACAGGAGUACGUGAUGGCCGACGACGGUUUGAUUUGGCGCGGUAGUUACAAUCGUUUGAGACCCACCGUAUGGAAGUACUCGCAAUUCGAACGGGACGUAUUGGAUUGCGCUUUGCACCUUGUGAUAAAUGUCGGAAAGGUUCGAAUCUCCGGACGAAACGAUCCCGUCGUCGUAUCUCGCGUUCUAUCGGCGGCCGUAAAUUCGCCGGAUGAUAACGGAGCCGUGAUGGGUAAUUGGUCGGACGAUUACGAGGGUGGAACGCCACCGACGAAAUGGAUGGGCUCGCAGAAGAUCCUUCAGCAGUACUACAAGACGAAGAAGCCCGUUAAAUAUGGCCAGUGUUGGGUAUUUUCCGGAGUAUUAGCCACCGUUUGUCGUACUCUUGGCAUACCCUGCCGAGUGGUAACCAAUUACUCCAGCGCCCACGACACUCAGAGUAGUUUGACGGUCGAUUAUUUCGUCGACGCGGAGGGCAAAAUUAUGGAGGAACUUAACAGCGACUCGAUAUGGAACUUUCACGUCUGGAACGAGGUAUGGAUGAAGCGCUUGGACCUAGCCCCCGAUUGCGAUGGCUGGCAAGCCAUCGACGCGACUCCUCAGGAAUUGAGCGAGAACGGUUAUCGUUGCGGUCCGGCGUCCGUGGCUGCCGUAAAGAACGGCGAGGUCUUACGUCCUUACGACAACGCCUUCUUGUUCGCCGAGGUCAACGCCGAUAAAAUAUUUUGGCGAUACAACGGCCCGACUCAACCUUUGAAGUUGAUACGAAAGGAUAUUUAUGGAAUCGGUCAGCUGAUAAGUACGAAGGCGGUUGGUCGCUGGAUCAGGGAAGAUAUCACGCAUACCUAUAAAUAUCCUGAAAAAUCGGACGAAGAACGGGCUGCCAUGAUCAAGGCGUUGCGCCAGAGCGAAUCGCUCUUUAGUCGCUACUACCUCAACGAGGAGUUCAAUGACGUCAUGUUCACCUUCGAACUUCGCGACGAUAUUAUAAUAGGACAACCGUUCAGCGUCGUUCUUUUGAUCAAGAACCGAAGUUCUUACCAACAAUACGAGGUGUCCGUUAUACUGAGGGUCGAAACGGUUCUUUAUACCGGUCGCGUCGGUACUCCGGUGAAGAAAGCGCAGAUCGAACGUUUGGUCAAACCUGGUGUCCUCGAAGACGUACGCAUGGACGUCGCCUGGGAGGAAUACGGCCCACGAUUGUUGGAUCAAUGUGCCUUCAACAUCGCUUGUCUGGCCACGGUCAAAGAUACAAACUUUGAGUAUUUCGCUCAGGAUGAUUUUCGCGUGAGAAAGCCAGACAUAAAGAUCGAGUUGUUGGACGAGCCGAUAGUAGGCGAGACGCUCAAUGCAACGGCAAGGUUUAAGAAUCCAUUGCCGAUUCCGCUGAGAAAGGGCAGAUUUUUGAUCGAAGGGCCUGGCUUGGAGCAGCAAUUAAAAAUAAAAUUAUCCGAGCCCGUGGAAGUCGAUGCCGAUGCGGAAUGUUCGUUUUCCAUGACGCCAAAACAGGAAGGAAGGGCAACGAUCGCUGCUAAGUUCUACUCUAAGGAGCUGGAGGACGUCGAUGGAUUCGUCAACUUCAUGGUAAAGCCUACGAAGGAGUCUCUGAGCAACGACGUUUGAUGCCGCUCGAAACCUUUAGGGAAUAUUCUUAGGUCAUUCUUACGACAAUAAAGGCGCGCGUCGAAGACGAAGAGUAUUUUUACAAGCCAAAAUCACACACGUUUGGAUACGUAUUGAUAUUUACGAAAGAUUUAUAUCUCUUCUUUACAGGUACACGAGAAACCGCACAUAUGUAUUAUAGAAAUAUAUUUUUGACAAAUUUUUA